AUGUCUCUGGGCUACGAACCCCAGCCAGCAGGCGCGACUCCGCCCGGAUGCUCAGCCAGCGUGGUCUUGGCCAACGCCUCUGUCAGCAUCUCCAUCUUGUUUGUCUCUUCGAUCGCACUGACGCACGUUGAAGAUUCUCGGGGAUUUGUUUUCUGUGUCGUGGUAGAACCUUGCCCUUGCAACGGUCACUACGGUUCAGCUGUCACCCGGCAGGAGACUUGCACGCCUGACACACUGACAUUGGGACUAUGGAACAAGGCGGGCCGCAGUUGCCCGAUGGCCUUCCACGAGAUCGGGGGUAAGUGCUACUUCUACGGGUACUUCCCCCUGAACUGGUACCGCGCCUCGGAGUUCUGCCACUCGUUCGGGAAGGGCGUGUCUCUCGCGUGCAUAGAGUCGGCCAAGGAGAACUUCCACAUCAAGCAAUGGCUGGGGGUUAACGGUAACCACAACACCGGCGUGUGGGUGGGCGGGUCUGACAACGGCCACGUCGGCAGAUGGGCGUGGUUUCCAACAGGCCAGCUGGUGUCGUACAGUAACUGGGGGCCGUCGCAGCCCAGCGGCGGGGACCAGCACUGCAUGUACCUGGUGGGCGGCCUCCUCGGGUACCAGUGGGCGGACUUCCACUGUGACUUCGACAUGCAUUUCUUAUGCGAGUAUGGCGUGAAUGACCUGGAGCCUUGGCGAUGACCUGAAGAUGUGCGCUCAUGAGAUUCUUUUUAUUUUUGUAUGUGUAUUUUACUUGGCUGGUUGUUUGCUGUGAAAUUCGUCUUUUUGAAGUUAUUGUGUUCAGCAUUACUGUAGAAUUGCAUGCCGUGCUGUAGAACUGAUUACGAAAAUCUUUUUCACCUAGUGUUAUUUGUUAUGUAGAAUUAUUAGGCCAACAGUUCAUUACAGCAUUGAUUUGUAACGCUCAGUAUGCAGUGUGUGAUAAAGCACCAUAGUUUUCAAGUCACUAUAUAGCAACAUACAGCACAAACCUAAGGUCAGGUUGACAUUGAAGCUAAAAAUUCUCGUAUAAUACUAAAUGUUCAAAUGAACUCAAUACUAUCAACAUAUAUGUCAAGUAAUAAAGGGAAAUUAUUAUCCAAAAAGCAGGGUAGAAAACAAUGCAUCAUUUGUUGUACUUCAAAGAGGUAUAAAACUAAAAUUCAAUUCCAUAUGAGGUGUAAAAAACAGGGCAUUGGAUAAGCGAACCAUAAAUAAUUUGGACACACUACUUAAGUUGUUGCUUCUAUUAGUUAUAAUGACUAUGUACAAAUAUGUAAAAUUUUACCCUGAAGCUAGUGUUUUUCUACU